AUGGAAAUAUCUGAUUCUGAUUUCAUUGGGUUGAUACCCGGGUUACCGAGUGAACUCGGACUCGAGUGUCUAACUCGUUUACCUCACUCGGCACACCGAGUCGCUCUCCGAGUCUGCAACCAGUGGCGCCGCUUACUCCAAAGCGACGAGUUUUAUCAUCACAGAAAAAAAACCGGUCACACCAAAAAAGUCGCUUGUUUGGUUCAAGCCCACGAACAACCUCGUCAAUCUGAAGCGGAAAAACCAACUGGGUCAACUCAACCGAGUUACGAUAUCACUGUGUUUGACCCGGAAAAUAUGUCAUGGGACCGGGUCGACCCUGUUCCUGAAUACCCUUCCGGGUUACCGUUAUUCUGUCACUUAGCAAGCUGUGAAGGGAAGCUUGUUGUUAUGGGUGGGUGGGACCCAUCGAGUUACGGACCUUUAACGGCGGUGUUUGUUUACGAUUUCAGAACGAACGUUUGGCGGCGAGGAAAGGACAUGCCGGAGAUGCGUUCGUUUUUCGCUACCGGGUCGGGUCAUGGUCGGGUUUACGUUGCGGGCGGGCACGAUGAGAAUAAGAACGCGUUGAAUACUGCGUGGGCUUACGACCCGAGAAGCGACGAGUGGACGGCGGUGGCUCCGAUGAGUGAGGAACGAGACGAGUGCGAGGGAGUGGUUGUCGGCGGCGAGUUUUGGGUGGUGAGUGGGUACGGUACGGAGAGUCAAGGGAUGUUUGACGGGUCGGCGGAAGUGCUGGAUAUCGGGUCGGGUCAGUGGAGGAAAGUGGAAGGAGUUUGGGAAGCAGGUCGGUGCCCCAGAUCGUGUGUUGAUAUGAGGGAAAAUGGGAGAGUUAUGGAUCCGGGGCUCCGAAUUGGGGUUUGUAGUGUUAGGGUCGGGUCGAGAAGUUUGGUGACUGGAUCUGAAUAUGAAGGAGCACCUUAUGGGUUUUAUUUGGUGGAAAAUGAAGAUGGGCAAAAGCGUAAAUUGAUAAAGAUACGUACUGUUCCUGAUGGAUUUUCUGGAUUUGUUCAAUCAGGGUGUUGUGUUGAAAUCUAG